CCAGCUUAGGAAUACAGAUUCUUGUGCAUCCUCCUAAUACCAAAGGCCUUUUGGUGGAGUGUAAUACAGGAGGUUGGUUCCCACAGCCUCAAAUGGAAUGGAGAGACAGCAGAGGAGAGAUCAUUCCGCCUACAUCCAUAUCCCAUUCACAGGACACAGAGAAAUUGUUCCACAUGAAGAUGACUCUUCUCCUUAAACAGAGCUCCCAUAGGAAUGUCACUUGCUGCCUUCGAAACCCCGUAACUGGUCAAGAGGAAAGGACAAGCAUUGUCCUAUCAGAUAGAAAUCUUUGUUGGUUUUAUAUAUUUAACAUGCCCCAACUGCUUCAAAUAUUAGAUCAAUUGUUUCCGUGGAACCUUAUUUGGAGACUGAUUCUAGGCAUAAUUCUGGCUCUGCUGGUGUUAUUUAUCAUGGUGCCCAGUAUUGAUCUGUAUGACAGAUUACAAGAACUACAGCAGAAUGGAUCUUCUGUGUGUUCCAGAGUCUGUACCAAAGACUGUCUGCCUAAUGGAUGCACAGAUUGCCUCCGCAAAAUGAGAAACCCUAUAGUAGUGGGCAUCAUAAUAAUCCUGCUUUCAAUAGGUGUAAUUGCCUCACUCAUUUCUUAUUUGCAUCACAAAAUCAGAGUUCCUGCUUCAGAUCCACAUUUCCAAUUGGAUACUAUGUGGUUGGAAGAUAUCACGGUGAUCCUGUGUGUUCUGACUGUCUUCAUCACCAUGAUCAUUUCCUUUAUUUACUUUAGAUUCAGAGGUGUCCUAGAAAGAUAGGAAUUAAACAAGCAUCAACCAUCUCUUCUGGAACUCUGGAUAAAGGUAUACAGUGGAAAACAAGACCUCCGUGGCAACCUUACAAACACAGAGACCUAAAAUAACCACAAAGGAUGAUCUGAAAUUAAAACUUUUAAACUAAAAGCAGUUUGUGGUGGGUAGUCAUAUCCUAGCUAGAAAUCUUCUCUGACAAAGAUCAAUUUUAACCUUAACUAAGCCUGUCUAUUGUCUUUUUGCAUCUAUGAUAAAUACCUUUGGAUGUGAAAGUAAUUUCCUUUUUUCUGUACCCCUCAUGUUCAGGCACCACUCUGUAGAGACCACAAAUCCCCUCACUGUUAUUGAGUUAAUUGUUGACUGUUAACUAUCCUGUACCCACCAAUGUAAAAGAAGUAUGUAUCUUUCAUUUUACUGUUUAUCCAAUCCCAGAGGUUUCCCACUUUUCUUUCUCCUGCUUUUCAAAUCUAUCACCAGUAGAUUGUAUGUAACCCACUUACAUCUUCUCUUUUUAUUGUAAUGUAUUAAAAAGUGAAAAACUGCCA